UAUCUCAACAAGCAAUAGCACAUGUACCUAUCAUCUUGGCAAAGGAGGACUUACUUUGAUGAUAAACAUUAAACAGGUAUCAAAUCAACAAUGUCUUCGAAACGUGAACACUGCAGUGUGUUUCCAGUAUACGAUGGUUACAUUUUACCGAGCUUUCCGCCUCUACUUCCUGUACCAGAUAAACAAAUGGCUGCUGUCAGAGACUUUGAAUCAAAAGAUAGCGAUAUCUUAAUCUGCAGUAUCCCCAAAACAGGUACUAAUUGGUGCUAUGAAAUAUUGUCAAUGCUGGUACAAGGACACGCCACGUAUGCCAAGGGGGCUAAAAUAGCGGGUAUGCUGGAAGCCGUAGAGGACUUCUCAAAAUUGGACGAGUUAAAGUCCCCUCGUAUUCUGAGUACGCAUGUUCCAUUUCGCCAUCUACCAAAGCAGCACUUGGAAAAGGGGUGCAAAAUAAUCCUCUCUCGUCGCAAUCCUAAAGAUGUCUUCGUAUCUUGGUAUAACCACUCGAAACAUGACGAGCGUAUUUCUAAUCCCAGUACAUCAGAGGAUGAAGAAUUUCCCGGAACUUGGGAGCACUUCCUCAAAGAUCAGAUGGAAAACAAACAUAAUUUCUACGAUGGUUUCUUUAAUUACGAGAAGGCGUGGGAUGAAGCCAUCAGGACAAAACAAGUCACAAAUGUGCAUACGAUUUUCUAUGAGGAACUUAAGAGGGAUCCAGUGACAGAAAUCAAACGCCUUGCUAAGCAUCUAGAGCUGCCUGAAGACGAUGAACUCGCGAAGGAAAUUGCAGAUAAAUGCUCAUUCAAAAAGUUCUUGGAUGCAGUAGUCACUAUAAAAACCGGUCCAGUGAAGAUUGUGGAAGGCGGAAAUCAUUUCCUUUUUAGGAAAGGAAUUGUUGGAGACUGGAAGAACUGGUUUACCGUAGCACAAAACGAAAAGUUUAACGAGUUCCUGGACAAGCAACUGAAAGGAACGUCUCUGAAAUAUACAUAUGAACUUUGAGAAGCUUAUGAACGUUUAUCACAAUGUUAUGCACAUGUAAUCCAGUAUAUGUGAAAUAAUAUAAAAAUGUAGCUUAUACUUAGCAUUGAUUGUAUACUCUGGUGUUUAUACAUGAUGUCCUCAAACGUUUAUUCUUGUUAAGAUUUUUCCUAUUAUUUUCUAGUGUUUAUCACUAUACUGGUAGAUAGAUGUUAUUCCAGAAUUUUAGAUAAUCAGUGAAGCAUUAUAUCUAAAUUAUAUUCAGUACAACUUGUACUUAAACAAAGAAUCAAUCUGAGGCGACAGACUCAUUAAACUGAACAUGUAGUAAAAGUAUCACUGGGCAGACCUUACGUCUUUAGGUCAUGAAACUGAUCCGACAAAGAAGGUAGAACUGUUCCAUAGCUAGGUUUACGAGUGCUGAUGUUCGACUUUUUACAAAGUUUGCUUCAUUUACAUUUUUCAUUGGUAAUCAUAGGGAGGUCAAGUACAAUAAUACUCUAUCAAACUCUGGCAUCAAUCCUAUUCAUUGAUCAUGCAGAAUAAACACAGGAUUACUGAAUUAUGUUUGUUUGUAAACAACGUUAUAGCCGCCAGCGAACUACCUUGUUGAUAAUUGAUCAGUCUAUCGAUACUAGAUUAUGGUCAAAUAUCCGUUACAUAUAUAAUAAACACCAAAUUAAUUAUACCUUAAUUAUAAGAUUUUGCAUAUUACCUGAUGAAAUCGCAUAUUGUUCUCAAAGUAAUCUUUAACUCUUGUUGUGGUCAGUAAUUAGAGUGAUGGUCAAACAAUGACCAUAUGUCAAAGAUAUCAUCAAUUGGGGCAGCUGGUACUCAGCCGUGAAUAUUACGGGGUUUUUUUUCUAAUCUUAACCUACGAAUUUCUUCCGCAAUUACAGUGUUCACUGAAAACUGUAUGUCAGAUUUAACGUCAUUCGAAGUCUCGCAAAAGUUUCUUUUUCCUUCAUAUCUUCGUUCUGUAAAAUUUCUCCGCUAUUUUGAAAAUACUAAAACAAAAAUUUACUUUUCAUUCAAAAAUUUAAGGAAUACAUAAUUGAAUGUAGUAUUUUCUCUUGUAAAGAUUAAACAUGCAUCGUUACAGUAUAUCAAGGAUUCGUAAGGUACCUUUCUGAUGACCGGUGUCUUAUCCAGGUAUCUAUUUCUUCAAUACAACUCAAAUCAAGUCAGUAAUAUCCAAAUUAACUAGUAGAUUGACAUCCGAACUCGAAAUUGAUAGAUAAGGAACAGGAUCAGAAUAAAUCACCACCUAUCAAAACUGUCGGUAAGACAACUACAGGAACUAAAUGCAUACCGAAAACGAAGGGAAGGACAGAACACAUAGAUACACUAAAACAAAAACCACUAGGUACCGAAGAAAAUCCACAACAAAACAGCGAAACCGAACAACGGGAAAGGCACUAAUAGAACACGGUAACAAAACGGACAAAAUACAGGAGCCUACAAGAUAAGGAAUCAAAAGGAAAUACAUAUUUCAAAAAAGCAAAGCAAAGUAAACAAAAAGGGAAGGGACAGUAACCAUAGAGACAUCAAAACAAAUGAAAGACAACAAUAGGAAGGUGUGAUACUGAAGGCAGCACAAGAACAGAUAUUGAGGAUAGGCUGAGGAACCACCAGAAAAAGAACUUUAAUCGAAAAUUUGUAGACUUUUCAUAUUUUCAGGGUAUUUCAAAAUGUAAAAAGAUAUCGGAUUUUCGUUUCGGAUGGAUUCUCAAAUUUUUUUCUUUUUUUUUCUUUUUUUAUAUAAAAAAAUAAUCAAACUAGAAUCGGAAAAGUGAGAUAUAAAAUUAAGUGGUGGUAUGUCUAUUAUUUUAAUCAUUUUUUAGAAAAAUUCUACGUGGUAUAUAUUAUCAUGUCGGGUAUUCAGUGCCUUAUUUAUUAAUGAUGAACAUUGCUUGAAACAGAUCGUGUCAAAUAAGUCACUUUUCUCACUGGGCAUCAAACUAUCGUAAAUUAUCCUAUAAUUUCAGAUGUAUUCUAUUAAAAUUAAUAUGCAUAUUAUGUAUACCUAUGUGUUUGUUAUCGUCGGAAACCCUAGAGCCUGUCGUUUGAGUCAAACGACAGAGCACAGUCUCGCGGGUUUCCGACAAGCUAUGUUUGUAUAGAUAUAUAUAUACUUCACAAAUAAAAUAAGUCAACUUUAAA